AUGAAUCCCGCCAACAACGGCUUCUACGGGGCCGGCCCGCCCAUGAUGAACCCUCCACCACCGCGUCUGUUCGGAAGCGGCAGCUACGACCCGUCGCAGAUGCCCCCGGGCAACAUGUUCGCCCACGACGACAUGCACGACGACAACGAUGGCAGCGACCCCAAGCGGCGGCGCAUUGCAAGGGCUUGCGACAUGUGCCGGAAGAAGAAGAUCAAGUGCGACGGCAAGAUGCCGUCGUGCACACACUGCCAGAACUACAAGACGGAAUGCAUCUUCACACAGGUCGAGAAGAAGAGGCAACCGCCCAAGGGCGCCAAGUACAUCGAAGGUCUCGAGAACCGACUUGCGCGCAUGGAGUCCCUGAUGCGCCUCUCCGGCGUCCUCCCCGAAGACGACGACGGCAGCACCGAUCUGGCCACACUGGAGAGACGACUCGAAGCAAGAGCUGGGCGAUCGGCCACACCCAGGGCCAGCAUCGGUGAAAGGCGAGAAUCAAUGGCACCCCCGACCGGCCAAUCCACUGCCAACGGCACACCAGCACAACCAGCUCUCCCCAGCCCGAGGAGCGGUACCGCCUCACCAGAGCCAGAGGAGCACACCCAAAACCCAAAAGACAAGGAAGAGGAUGCGCUCGCCGAGAUGAUGUGCUCGUUGGUGACAAACAACUGCGGAGAGACCAGAUAUAUCGGCUCAUCGUCAGGUUUCUCCAUCUUCUCGCCCAAGGGUAUACAAUGGGUGAAUGAAAAGACUGGGGACAACUCUUUCCGCGACAUGAUCUCUACAGCCGCCGUCGAGGACAACAAGUGGAUCCAAUGGCGACCCGACGUGUUCCAGGACAUCUUCAAGCGUAGAGUCUACAAACAAUUGCCGCCCAAGCACGAGGCCCUGUCACUACUCAAGGACUACUUCGAAAACUUCAACUGCAUGUUUCCGCUGUUCCACGAACCAACUUUCAUGCAUCUCGUAGACAAGCACUACUCGAAAGACCCCUAUGAAGGAUCCGGGUGGUGGGCCAGCUUGAACGUCGCCCUGGCUUUCGCACACCGACUGCGCGUCAUGAGCAACCUGGUUCCAGCAGAAGAAGACGAAAAGGCGUGGCAAUACCUGAAGAAUGCCAUGAGUGUCAUGGUAGAGCUUACCAUGCGCAAUACAGAUCUCCUUAGCGUUCAGGCUUUGCUAGGAAUAGGUCUGUUCCUUCUAGGAACGCCGAACCCACAACCUACCUAUUUCUUCGUUGCCACAGCCAUGCGGCUUGCACACAGCAUUGGUCUCCAUAAGAAAGGUGCCAACUUUAGCCUCAACUCCGCCGAGGUCGAGCAACGAAGACGUGUCUUCUGGAUAGCCUACAUGUUAGAUAAAGACAUCUGCUUGCGAUCCGGCAGACCACCUGUACAGGAUGACGACGACAUGAAUGUCGAAUUGCCUAGCGACACCCCACCAGACAACAUCGGGAACAUUCCGCUGGCUGACGGAAAGGGCACUAUGAACCUAUUCCGUCUCAUGUGCACCUUCUCCGUGAUUCAAAGCAAAGUUUACAAGGGUCUCUAUUCCGUAAAGGCAUCUAAACAGACCGACGGGGAACUGCUAAAUACCAUUGGCGAGCUGGACAAAGAGCUAGAAGCAUGGAAGGACGACAUACCAUUAGAGUUCCGGCCAGAGCAUGACAUCAAGGCAUCACAUACCCCGCUCAUUCUCCAAGUCGCAGUACUGCAUCUUGGCUAUUACAACUGUUUAACCACCAUCCACCGUAUGAGUGUACAUCACGGAUACUGGACUAGUCGAUUGUCCAACUUUGCGAUACAAGGACUGAAUGCUCGACCUCUCAACCCGAGAGUCUUCAUGUCCGCCCAACUGUGUGUUCAGGCCGCCCGAGCCUCGAUACAUCUCCUGAAGUACAUACCGAAAGGCGAUUUAUCUUGUGUCUGGCUAGUGAUUUACUUCCCAGUCACUGCAUUAGUUACGCUCUUUGCCAACAUCUUACAAAACCCACAGGAUACGCGAUCACGAUCGGAUCUCAAGCUUAUGAAGCUGGUCGUCAACUUUCUGAACAUGCUCAACGACGACCAAGGAAGCGGCAGUGUCAAGCGCAUGUGCACAGUGUGUGCUGAAUUCGAGCGCAUUGCUACUAUUGUGCUAGAAAAAGCCGAUCGCGAACACGCGUCGCGACGGAAGAGGAAGCAAGGCGACAGCGAGCAAGACGCACAAAUCGAAGCAACAGCGGCCGAGCUGCUCUCGACGGGUCGUAACGCACACUCGUCACCUCAGCAGGCCACUACUCCACAGAACAAUAACCAAUCAGAAGGCAUGAUCUUCAAUCCGGACUUCCAGGGGUUCAACGAGCCAUUCCCCUUCUCACCAAACUUCACACACGACUCCUUACAGCCCAAUAUCCAGAUGAGCCAAUAUGGCUCACCAGGUAUCACCGCCCAGAUGCUCCAACAAUCACAAAGUUUACCAAUGACCACUGGUGGUGAUGUGAACGGCAUCAGCUCCAACAUCAACGCCAUGGCGGGCAUGGGCCAGUUCGACCAGACCUUCAACAACGUUCCACAAGAUCUCUGGAAAAUGCCAAUGACGCUGGAGUGGGACUGGGCAGACAUGACUGGUGGAUUCUCGGGGUACGAGGACGGGAUCAGUAUGAACGGCGUUCUUCCAGACUUUUCGAACCAAUCUGGCCAUGGAACGAAACCAGCCCAAGUUUCAGCCACAAUGGUCAACAUCACAGCCCUACUCUCCUCGCUCAUAACAGCGAACCACAUCCUCUCUUACCACAACGUCCUCGAUCCCUUUGGCCACGUCAGUGUUCGUAAUCCAAACACCAAUACAACAUUCUUCAUCGCGCUGCAAAUCGGUCCAGCAACAGUGUCCAGCCCCGCCGACAUAGGCGAAUACCUCAUCUCAGAUGGCACACCCGUCAACGGCACAGUUGGCGGCUACGCAGAACGCUACAUCCAUAGCGAGAUUUUGAAACGGUAUCCUGAUGUCAACGCCGUUGUGCACAGUCACUCCGAGGAUGUCCUUCCAUAUACUGUUAUCGAUACAUCAUUUGAGCCAGUGUACCAUAUGGCCGGCUUUCUUGGUGAGAGCGUGCCGAACUUCGACAUUGAAACGGUGUACGAAGAGGGGGAUCCGAGAGAUAUGUUGGUAAACAGUCCGCGGCUAGGCGCCGCUUUAGCAGACAACUUCGGCGUGAACGAAACGAGGCCUACAUCUCCUUUGCAUCCGACGGUCCUGCAGCGGGGACAUGGCUUCGUUACAACAGGGGAAAGCGUGGAACAGGUUACUGAUUUUGCGUAUUAUGCAGCGAGUAAUGCUAGGGUGCAGACGAAAGCAUUGUUGUUGGCGAAUGUGGGGAGAGGUGGUGGCGGGGAUGGAGGGAUAAGGUAUUUGAGUGGUCAGGAGAGGAAGGCGACGAAUGAGAUGAAUCGGUGGAUUGUGUUCAAGCCUUGGGCGCAGUGGGUGAGGGAGGUAGAACGGAGUGAGAACUUGUUCUCGUCGCACUCUUUGCCGUUGCUUGGGAUGAGUAGAUGUGGAGUAGAGCCUCCACACCACAUUCCGCCGACUGAGAGCGCAUCGAUCGCCAUGCGAAUCCCAUCCAGAUCUACAUUGAGCUUGCUUACAGUUCAAGCAACGACGGUUAUUGCGGACCGAUAUGCCAGCAACAUAAGACCUGUUGUAAUCGAUGCACCACAAGUGGCAGCCAACUUUCCCAAUGUAGAAGGCAUUCAGCUACUAUCGCCAGCUUUCGUGAGCCCAAAUAACGUACCAGCUACGUUCGCAAACGGCACUUCCGGACCAACUCCACAGCAAGACUUGGAAAGCUUUGUGAAGGGCAUUGCCCAGCGUAACGGCUGGAUCACCUACAAGAGCGGACUAGAAUCCGAGGAGGGCCGCAGAAUACCCUACAUUACACUGACGAGUGGCAAGAACAGUACCAACAAGCUACGUAUCUGGAUCCAAGGGGGCCAGCACGGAAACGAGCCAGCAGGUGAUGAAGGUGUGCUAGCACUAUUAGGGAGACUCGCUCAGGACUCACAAUGGAGCGCGAAAGUCCUCGAAAAAGUUGAUCUUGUGAUUCUUCCACGCUACAAUGUCGAUGGCGUGGAAUAUCUGCAGCGACAGCUGGCCUCCAACUACGAUCCUAAUCGCGAUCACGCUGUGCUCGAGAGACAGCAAACGCGAGCUAUUAGAAAGCUACAAUCCGAGUUUGACCCUCACAUCUUCAUAGACGACCACGAAUACACAGGUGGCAACCCGGUAGCUCAAAAAUACAUCCGCGCACAAGAUCUCCUAGUCUCAGCCAACAAGAACCAGAACGUUCAUCCCGAUAUCCGAGCAUUGAACCAGGAGUUUGUACACGACAUCUUCUCAGUUGCUGAAAGCCACGACCUCCGGAUAUUCCCAUACUUUACCACCAGCGUAGCCAACGGAACGAUCACUAUCGAAGAGCCUGAUGCGACUCCAGCGGCAAACCACAAAGGUGCUGGCAACUACCAAGCGCUUACGUUCCUGGUAGAGACGCGUGGUAUUGCUAUCGCUGAUCAGCAUUUCCAGCGACGUGUAGCUUCCCACCUCAUCGUCCUAGAGACCAUCCUUAACAAAGCGGUUAAUGAAUACGACAGCGUGUACAGCAAAGUUGAGGCAGGACGUAAAGCGUUCAUCGAGAGUAAAGACGACAUUGUUGUUGCGUACGAACAGCGUGUCACAAACAAGACAGUUCCCUUCAUCGACGCGUCGAACGGUUCCCUCGUCAACGUGCCCGUCCGCUCUAGAAACAGUGAUCCCUACCUUGUCACUCUGUUCCGACCUCGGCCAGAAGCCUAUGUCUUCUCGCGCGCAUGGACAGAUGUAGCGGAACGUCUCCGCAUACUCGGCGUUACCGUCAAUGUCCUCCAAGAAGAGUUCACCGGCAGUGUUGAAGCGCUGGUGGUGACGUCGGCUGAGCUGGCUGAAACAAAGUUCGAGGGCAUCGCGGGUACUACAGUAACGACUAAUGCGACACAGCGAGAGGUUACGAUACCUGCUGGAGGCUACUGGGUUGACACUAAGCAGAAGAAUGCUGGGUAUGCUUUUGCGCUGCUAGAACCAGAGGCAGAAGCGAGUCAAGCAUAUUAUAACAAAAUUCCGUUGGAAGUGGGAGAUGAAUAUCCUGUAUUUAGAGUCAUCUAG